AUCAUUUAGUCUCGCUCCUGGUCUCGUGACGGUCGUGUCUCUAGAAUCAUUCCUCCUCCUCCUCUUCUUUUAUUGAUUAAAAUUCCCUUUCCGUUCAAUUUUCUUUCUGCGAAUUGAACGUGAUCGACUCUUCAUCCGGAUAAUUAUAGUGUCAUCCCCUUAAUAACAACCUGACAUCACUGUGUGUGUGUGUGUGCGUGCGUGUGCGUGUUAUUAAACGUAUCGUGGAGGUUCUUCAGUGGAUUGGAGGACGACGAUGAUUCUAUCAAACUCUCGGACAUCCCGCGUGUUUUUUUUGUUUCAAACCUUGAAACGUCCGAAUCAGAAAGACUAGGAGUGAAGGGAUUUAAAAACAUUUUUUUUUCUCUCAAAAUCUCAAUUGUGAAACGAAAAUAGUAAUAAUAAUAAUAAAAAAAUAUAUAUAGUUUGCGACGAUCGACCUAGCAGGCGCAGUGUACUCUUUUGUUUUCCUUUCUUGACGUUUGUCGUGACCAAAUACAGCACUGGACGCAGAGUCGAAAAUAAAAGUGUUUGAUGCCAUCCUUUUGAGGAAAAAAAAAAGAAGAAAAAGAGAUUUCCAUGUUGUCGCUAUAGAUGGACUCUAGAUUUUGAAAAUCCCUUUUCUCGGUCUGUCCACAAUCGUUUCGCUGCUUUCCAUUUGCGCCGAGAAGUUUGUUUUUUUCAGAAAAUUGUGAACAAGAAGUUGGAAGGGACGUGAUUAGUUUAAUCAAGUGCCUUUUCGGGGGGGAGCGGGGGCAUUGGGAGAUGAAUAAGAAUGGCGGCGGCGACGACGGACGCCCGACACGAAUUCGUCACUGCUAGCCUCGGUUUGGUGCACCUGCGAUCCGUUCCAGUGGUGAAAAAUGAAGCUGGCGGCCAAGACGGAUAUGGCAAAGUGUCCAGCAGGAGGAAAAGGAAGCCGCGCUGUUAUCGCGCCCUCUCCGGCGUCAGUUUUCAAAAUUCUGUCGACGUUGCCGAUGCCACGAUCAGCGCAGCCGGCACGAACAGAAGCGGCCGGAGCGAUAACAGUUACGACGAAACCUAUUGCUGGGAAAUGGAUCGCGAUCAAUCGUCUUAUUGCUGGACGGAUCAGCAGCGAAUAGCUCCCGGUCCGGCCACGACAUCGACGUCUCCGGCCGGCACGGUGCGCGUCACAUUUGUCCAUCGAACGGUGACGGACUAUUCGAAUCGAGUGGCCACGUCUGACGAAGAUGAAGAAGCUUUACACGUGGAGGAAGAAGAAGAAAAGAAUUCGGCCGAUGAAGAUUACGAUCAAUCGUCUGCUUCAGUCAGCGUGACCGGCAGCUAUCAUCAUCACCACCACCACCAGGGCGCUGCAGCAAUGGCAACGUCGCAGGCGGUGGAUUCUGGCGAUGCGGACGGCCAAGAACACAUUUACGACACUCCAUGUUCGGCUGAAGAGCUUUACCAUUCUGACCUGUUGUCUGAUUCCGAUUUGUCCGGCCUGGAUUUGUCCAUUUUCGAGCCGGGCAGUAGUCCAACAACGGCCAUUGGUGGUCGUGAUGAAAAGAGCGGAUGCCUUGCUAGCGCCGGUGCGGGUCAGCUGACGGACAAGAAGGGCAGAAAGGCUUUUAUCUACCGACCCCCGCGGCCUCAACGGCAACUCAGUCGCGGCAAAACAUUUCGUGAACGGCUGGCGAAACCCCUGCAGAAAUUGUUUCACGUUCCAGCGCCACCCGCUGUCGAUUACGACCAGUGCGACCACCAAUCGGGACGUAAUAGUUCGGCCGAUACAACACCACCGACAAUCGUUACCGACCUCGAUACGGAACUAUCAGCAGAUAAGGAAGUGGCGUUGGGUCAUCAUCCGAGCAACAAGUUGACGGCCAAGAAUGGCGACAAGGCACCACUGGUUUCAUGGGAGCCGUAUUUCUGUGUCCUGCUCCAAGACGAGCAAACAUUUACGGCUUACCGCAGCGAGGAAAUGGCCGUCUGUCCAGGUUUCGUAAUCAAACGCUCAGAGAAACGCCCUCAGGUGGGAGAUAUGGUCUUCUCCGAUACGCCUCGAGUUCGUCUGGAUAGCGGCGGGCGUCAAUUUCGACGCCGUUGGGGAUACGACGGUUCCGCCAGCGGAUGCGGCGGAGGCACAGGCCCCGGAAGUCUAAACGGAGGCGCCGGUCACUUGGAAGACAUCGAAGAAGACGGUGACGAUUUCAGCGACACCUAUUCGCUGCGAGAUGAAACUUCAUACAAUUCGAUUCUCCACGAAGAUACAUCGUACGAAAAGGCUUGCGGGGAACGUCGCGGGAGCGCUCCAGUGACGCCCGUUUUGCCUGCGGCCAACCCGGCCAAUAACGCGAGCAACCACGGCUUCGGCCCACGUAACAGCAUGGAUUCUUCGUCGACUCCAUCACGCUUUGCUAACUUCUUUUCGAAGCGAUCGUUCAAGUCGAAUCCAUUGAAACGCACGAAAAGCGUCACCAAACUGGAACGAAAACGGGCCGUUCUCGACGUCAAUCCAGUGGGUUUGUCAAGACUACGGACGUCACGCUCACACGAAUCGUUGCUGUGCGGGCCCGGUGGUAUCGGUGGCUCGUCGCCUCAGAACGCUGUUCAGACGGUGGAUCUGUCAUCGUCAGAGUCGGGUGAUAUCGGCGUCAGGCAGCUCCACCAGUCGGUGCUGGGCGAAGACCAUUGCCUGCAGAUUACACGGCCUUCCGGCAACGUCUACAUUGCCUGUUCCAACGCUGAAGAACGUGAUCGAUGGCGCAAUUGUUUAAAGAAGACGAUUCAACCUGUUCAGGAACACGUUCGCAGGACUGACAAUUCACUCAAGAUCUGGAUUCUCGAAGCCAAGGGUGUUGCCAACAAGAAAUGGUAUUUCUGCGAACUUUGUCUGGACAAGAGCAUGCACGCAAGAACGGCCGGCAAACAGAAGAACGACUUGUGCUUUUGGGGUCAACAUUUCGAGUUCGACGACCUGCCCGUCGUCCACAACAUCAACAUCAAUUUGUACAGGGAAGCCGAUCGUAAAAAGAAAAAGGACAAAACAUUUGUCGGCACCGUCACUAUUCCCGUCAAUACCAUCACGUCGCGAUUCCUCAUCGAGAAAUGGUAUCCCGUCGUAUCGGAGAAGGGCUCGUCGAAAGAACCGCCGUCGUUGAGGAUCAAGUGCAAAUACCAGACGGUCGAUAUCCUCCCUUUGGAAGUCUACGAAGAAUUUCUCGAGUAUUUGAAGACGGAUUACAUGACGGUGUGUGAUCUGCUGGAACCAGUGAUCGGAGUCAAGGCCAAGGAAGAUAUUGCCACUGCACUGGUAGCUGUCAUGCAACGUGAAGGCUAUGCGCAAAAGUUUUUGGCCGAUAUCGUCAUGGCUGACGUGGAUAAAAUUGACGAUGAACAUCUGACGUUCCGUGGCAACUCGUUGGCCACCAAGGCUAUGGAAGCCUACAUGAAACUGGUGGGAGAGAAUUAUCUGCAGGAUACGCUGGCCGAAGUGAUCGGCGGAAUCGUCGACCACGCAGCUGACAGAGAUUGUGAAGUCGAUCCGUUGAAGGUCACAUCGCCGGCCAUGCUGGCCAAACAGCAGGCUCAUUUGCGCGCAGUUGUCGAAUCGUCAUGGAGGUGCAUCCUCAAUUCCACUCCUUACUUCCCUGCGGAAUUGCAAGAAUGUUUCUACACGUAUCGCCAACGUUUGGCCGGAUUUGGACGCGAGGAAGUGGCCGACCACCUCAUAUCGGCUUCUAUUUUCCUCCGAUUCCUUUGUCCGGCCAUUCUCUCGCCCAGCUUGUUUGGCAUCACUCCAGAGUAUCCGAGCGAUAAAGCGGCCCGCAACUUGACUCUGAUUGCCAAGACAUUGCAAACGUUGGCCAACUUUACCCGCUUCCAGGGUAAAGAGAAUUUCAUGGAGUUUAUGAACGAUUUCUUGGAGAAGGAAGCGUCGACGAUGAAGCAGUACCUGAAGGAGAUCUCGAGCCCCUUGUCCAAAGAUCAGUCCUAUUCGAAGUUUGACGACUACAUCGACGUGUGCAAGAACCUCAGCAUUUUGCACACGCUCUUCUCUGAGAGCCUGUCCAAGGUGGCGCCGCUCAGUCAACGCAUGGACAAAUUGCAGCGCAUUUUGGACGGCAUUUCGGCCCAUUUGUCUCAACCUGUCACCAGCAUGCCGCCUUAUUCGCGCCAGACGAGCCUGCCCGUCCCUUCGGCGGGCGUGGUGACGGUCAAUGGACAGCGAAAUUGUAACAAGAUGGUUGACGUGGAACGGCCUGGAUUUCAGAGCUUGCAGCGAAACGUUUUCCGUUUCAAUGACCCGACUGUCACGUCGGUGACGGUGUCCGGCAGUGCCAACACCAACGGCCACCACUUGCAGCACUCUGGCGCUGAUGGAAGCACGUCGCCCAAGGCUUCAACUCUUCCGCGAAACGCUCAUCUCAUGACGCCACCUGUCACCACGGGCAUGAACGGCAAUCUGUCUGCACCCGGACGUAGAACGGCCAUUGAUUUGACGACGAGCGAUGAUUACGUCAUGUUCAGCGCGCUCAACCAAUCGGCCGACCAAUCUGGAGGGCCUUCUAGUGGCCUGAAUACGCAGCAGCAGCAACAACAACAGCGUCAGACGAACGGCCACUACGCCAGCAAUGGCGCCACUUCUUUCAAUGUCAAAAACGGGUCGGCCAAGUACGAACGGGUCCUGGGGCUUGGUCCCAACAAGCAAGCCGUCACCGCCUCGGCCAACGCUAAUCUAGACGAGUUUAUCGAUUCGCUUCAGUACGUGGACGAGAGCCCGGAUGCCCAUUCCGGCGGAGAGGGAGACAACAACACUCAGGGUAGUCAAGUGUCCAUUUCACAGCUGUCCACUGUGGCCAGCUCUGGUUAUCAGAGCUUCGCAUACAGUCAGAGUUCCAGUCCAGUUGAUCCAACCAUCAGCAACGGACAGGAUCCAGCAUCCACCAACAUGAACGGGCACAGGUCGACGUCAAGUGGCAGUUUCCGCAAGGCCAGCGCUGCCUCUCCGACGAGCACGGCGGCCAACAACAACGUUAACGAACACUCGGCCGCUAUCGCCUUCACGAACCCCGUCUACAAUUUGAGGAACAAACCAACCACCCCGCUAGCGCGAGGCUAUUCAUCCGCUUACGGCUAUGACAAUGUUUUGAAUCGGACGCCCAGCUGCGAGGACGUCCACCAGACGGUAAUGAAUGCCCCGCGGGUGACCCUCAUUUCGAAUGGGGGCGGAUGCGGUAGCAGUCCCAACAAUAACAGCCUCAGCAGUGGAACGAUGUCUCGAACGAGGAUCUCGAGUUCCUCGUCUGAUUCGACUUCGUGUCUGACUACGCCUCCGCACGAGAGGCGCUUGUUUAUAUCGACGGCUCCGCGUACCAAUCCGCGAUGCAUUUACCCAUCGCCCGUCCCUGCCCAGCACCAAGUGUCGCCCGUCGAGGGCAAUAACAGUGGCGACUACGUGGCCAUCCGUCGUAAAGGCCGCAAAUCGAGCGUUACGAGUAUCCAGAAUUCGCGGAGUCGCAUCUACGACUCCUCUUCGUCCGACAGCGAUUACGAUCAAUUGCCUUCGACCAGGUUCCGCGAACGCAAUGUCAAACGAGGCUCCAGGAUGGCGCUGGAUCGAUUUUCCAAUCCCAAAUCUCUGGACGAGUACGAGAAAGAGAUAAUGGAUUUACGGAAUGCGAUGGAAUCUCUGCAAUCUCGUUUGAGCCGCGCUGAACAAUUGUAUUUGCAAGGAGCCAUGCAAGCGGCCCUGGCAGUCAAGGAACGUGAGCUGGAAGAGAAGCGCCGCGAUAACGAAUCACGUUCCAGUUUAUCGUCUUCGAGGUACACACCAUCGCCCAUAAUGGAGCCUCAACCUCUGGACGAAAUCAAAGACAAUGGCCAGCUGAAGUCGAUGAUAACACGUCUCGUUUCGCUCGAAGAGGAACUGCACCGCGAGAAGCGUAAAAUGGCCGACAAGCAAAAAGUGAUUGAGGCCCAAGUGCAGACGAUCCAGGCGCUGGAUGCGGCCAAUAAUCGUUUGCUUUCGGCUCUCGCCCAGCUGCGCAAUUACCAGGUGGUCGAGCCUGCCGAACACGACGAAGUUGAACGAAACAUCAUGUCUUUUGCACGCAAUCCCUUGCCCGAACCCGACUAUGGCGGAUCAGCGUCUCUGUCGAUGGCCAGACGGAUCCUGGCCGAUCUGGGUGAAGUCCAGAGCAGUUCUUGUUGAUCGAGAACAUUAACAAACUGUUCAAAACGUUUUUUUCCUUUCGUAUUAAUAUCACUAUUUAUAGAUAUAAAAGAAAAAAAACUAAAUACCCUUAUAUAUUCAUCAGGUUUUUGAAUAUCGAUUUCAUUCUGUUUGCGUGUUUAUUCCUCGCUUAAUUGACGUGUUUGUUUUUGGUUUUGUUUUUAUGUCCAGCUCCCAUUCAAAGUCUGAAUCAGUUCAUACAAUUGAUUGGAAAACGGUGGUGUAUAAGGAAAUUAACAUGUCGAUGAACCAUGGCUCUACCAUCAUGUUAGUUUGCAUAUGGAACGCGAACGUUUCAGUUUACCAAAGACGGUGAAUGCCCUAGUUCAAACAUAUUCUCGUGACCCUUGUCUAUUAAUUUGUUUUUUCUUCUCUCUCUCUCUCUUUCACCUGCCCCACAAAUUCGUUUAUCUUUUUAUCGUACACACAGUAGAGUUGAAAUCUUUAUGUAUGUAUGUCUUGUGUUUGUGGACACAAUCUCUAUUCAAUCUCUUUGUACGCAACGCUUGAUCACUCGCCAUGUAUCAAAAAAAAAAAAAAUUACGACAGUUAUAUUCCUUUCUUCUUCUGUCUUAUCUUCUGUUUCCAAGUGUGUGUGUGUUUCUUUUUUUGUUAAUUCAGAAACUUUAAACCCAAUAAUUUACAAAAAAAAAUCCCGAUCGAAUAAAGAAUUGUCCUGAAACUGGUGCAGCCAGUAUUUA